AGCCGCUGUUGACACUUCCGGGUGGGACCAGAGUGGGGAGGCGGACAGGUUAGGCUGCAGGGGACCAGGCAUGGCGUACCACGGCCUCACUGUGCCUUUGAUCGUGAUGAGCGUGUUUUGGGGCUUCGUGGGCCUCCUCGUGCCCUGGUUUAUCCCCAAGGGUCCUAACCGGGGAGUUAUUAUCACCAUGUUGGUGACCUGUUCAGUUUGCUGCUAUCUCUUUUGGCUGAUUGCGAUUCUGGCCCAGCUCAAUCCACUCUUUGGACCACAGUUGAAAAAUGAAACCAUCUGGUAUCUGAAGUACCACUGGCCUUGAGGAUGAAGACACGCUCCACAGUGCCCAGGCGCUGAGGUCACAGAGAGAAUGCCUUCUAGGUGCAAAGUUACCUCCACUCACACCGCCUUCUUUGAUAGCCUACUUCAGCCAUUACCUGCCUUACACUUGAAGACCUUCCUCUGCAUACAGUAUUUUUUCCUUCGCCUUUUUUACACUUUGAUGAAUUAUGUGCCUACUUAGCUGACUCCAUGAGAUGUCUGCACUCCGCUGAGAGAAAAGCUGCUACUCUGAGAGAUCUGUUACUCUUGUCUUGGAGCCUGCGGCUUCGAAAAUGGCUCUUGCCAGCUCAAACCUGAGAGCCAUCGACAUGUUUAAAACCUGCUGCCAGACAACUAAGCCUCCCUGGGACAGUUAGGAGUGCCCGCUCGAGAGAAGCUCCACCCCAGCAGAUGUACACCAAGCUCUAUUUUCAGGAUGAAUUUCUUACUUCUACAUCUUUGGAAUAAAUUAUUUUUCUUCUUUCUAUGGAAAUCUGGCUCCAGUGUUUAA